AUGGCCAGCUUGAGCUUGACGAGAGCACAAGAAUCCGCAUCUUCCUAUGGCGGAUGCCCCAUCGACGAGUAUUACGGCGGACUCCUGACCAGCCGGGCCGACGGCACUGCCACGGUACGAGAGGAUGUAUCACGUCAAGAUUUGGAAGCACUGCUGGAAGAGACUACUCGCCAGGUGCUGCCUUAUACCGGCUCGAAUGAUCGCGAUGAUGUUUGGAAGGCAUUGAUAGAUGUAGAUGCUGGACAAGAACCGGAUACUGUCCGAUUGCUCUACCGACAAGUAGAUUUUCCCGCUCUACCGCAUGGAACAGCAUCGACUUGGAAUCGAGAGCAUUUGUGGCCCAAGAGUCGUGGCGUCGAGUACAGCGGCAGCGACUUUACCGAUGUGCAUCAUUUAUUUCCGGCCGAUUGGAAUGUCAACUCGGCACGCAGCAAUCUAUUCUUUGGCAGCUGUGGUUUGGUGGAACCCCAAUCUUCCUGCAAGUCUCCCGCACACACCGAAGCUGCCAGUGACACAGAGUCGGAUUCUCAAGUCUUUUUGCCGCCUGCCAACGUCCGAGGAGACAUUGCCCGGGCCCUCUUCUACAUGGAUCUCCGGUAUUCCAGUAGCACCAACAAUGGAAUCGAUUUGGUACUGACCGAUUGUCCUUCUCCAAACAAUGAUAAUGAAAUGGCCUAUCUGAGUCAAUUACUGACUUGGCAUGUCAUGGAUCCAGUUGACGAAGGAGAAAAACAACGCAAUCAACGGGUCUGUGAACGCUGGCAAGGAAAUCGAAAUCCAUUUGUCGAUUUCCCCGAAUUGGCAGAACGAUUCCUUGGCAGUCCCCAAACACCAGCCAAUGAUGGCACCGGAUAUCCAUCAUGUCAACAACAACAACCACAGCCACAACAUCCAUCCGGAGGUGACACGAAUAAUAACAAUGAACCGUCGUCCAGUAAUGAUGACCCAUGCAAUGAACUGUCGGCGGGUGACAUUUUAUUCGUUGGAAUGCGCUCGGACAAUCCUGAUUUAGUGGCCAUGGUGACCUUUAAAGAUUUGCCGGUAGGAUUGAGGCUUUAUUUGACGGACAAUGCCUGGACGGGAUCCGACCUUGGAACCAAUGAAGGGACGAUUCAACUCAUUGUCACAUCGGAGAUUGCCUCCGGUGCCGUCUUUGGUUAUGGUGGCGCCAGUGGAGAAGAUACUUUGUUGUACCAAGGUGAUUGGGAAAAUGUACAAGGACAAUUCGCACUGUCGGCGUCUGGAGACAGUGUUCUCCUGUAUUGUAAAACCAACACGGAACAAGACGAGAUUCGAUUCCUGGCAGGCCUGGAGAAUAGCGGCGACGGUUGGGUCGAAUCAUCCAAUCAAGAAAAUGACUUUGGAAGCAGUCGAUCGGCAUUACCGGCGGCAUUGGAAGAAAAAGGUACCGUAUCAUUGCCUCAUUACGACGACUUUGCAUACGUCGGCGCACAAGAAGGAUCCGUGGAACAACUGCAGGAUCUCUUGACCGACCCUAGCCAAUGGAGUGGACACAACAACGAUGAGGAUGACAUGGUAUUGCCAACAUCCUUUGAGAUUUCUCUCGCACCCGUGUCCAUGACAGAAUCCGUGGCUGGUGAUGUCAUGGUUGUAGCAGUGACUGCCAUUGAUCCCGACAUGGUGGCAUUGGUGGCGCUCGAGCCGCUUCCGGGUGGUACUGAAUUGUACAUUACCGACAAUACCUGGACCGGUUCCAAGUUCCUCACCAACGAAGGAACUCUCAAGUUGACACUUCCACCCGCAGGCGUUGAUGUGGGAAGCAUCUUUGGUUAUGGUGCCACUUCAUUACGGUUCCAUGAUCAAUGGCAAUCGGAGGGUGGCCGGUUCGCUCUGGCAGAAUCGGGAGAUUCCAUUGUGGUCUACACCAGGGACGGCAACGCAACGAAACACAUGGCAGCCUUUUCGUAUGCUGGCGGCGGGUGGAGAGCACCGGGGCUGGCCGACGACCAAUACGGUACAGCCGACUCUGUCUUGCCAAAGGAGUUGGAACAAGUUGGAGCCGUGAGCCUUCCUCGUUUUGAGAGCUACGUCUACAAGGGCCCCACAGAUGGUGAAAAGGAGUUUCUACAGAGGCAGCUACAGAACACUAGCAACUGGCAAGGUUAUGAUAGCAGUCGAGUGGAGCCACCGCGGGAAGAUUUUUCUGUGCAGUCGUCACAGUCAUCACCAUCUUCUGCCACUUCCACUUGUCCUCUUUCAAGAAGACAGAUCACGAACGUGCUGAUGGUUGGGGUUGCCGUUGUGCGACUCCUUGGUUGGUCUUAG